CAUGUAGCCAUCUCAAAACCAGAGCGAGACGCAGAGAAAGCAUUCUUUUCUUCAACUUAGUUUGACUUUUGCAUUUUCCCCACUGUCCAAACACUGUCUUCUUCCUUUUUCCUCUGGGUUUUGCUCCUGUGAGCUUCUGUACCUUUCCCUUUUCAACUAUAUCGAUUAAAGAGCGAAAUGGGUGUUGGUGGGACUUUGGAGUACUUGUCAGAUUUGGUGGGUAGUAGCCAUAGACACAACAAGAAGAAACAGCUUCAAACUGUGGAGCUCAAGGUCAGAAUGGACUGUGAUGGCUGUGAACGUAAGGUCAAGAAUGCCCUCUCUUCACUCAGUGGGGUGAAAUCUGUGGAGAUAAACAGGAAGCAGCAGAAGGUGACAGUAGCAGGGUAUGUUGACGCAAUCAAGGUGCUGAAGAAGGCAAAGUCCACAGGGAAGAAGGCGGAGAUAUGGCCAUAUGUUCCCUACAGCUUAGCGUCGCAGCCUUACAUUGCUCAGGCAUAUGACAAGAAGGCACCACCAGGGUAUGUCAGAAAUGUGGAGCACACUGUCACUAUUGCUUCUGUUACCAAAUAUGAAGACCCUUAUAGCAACAUGUUCAGUGAUGACAACCCAAAUGCAUGCUCUAUCAUGUAACUUUUUUCUGCUAAAACAAGUCUCGUGUUUUGUGCCUCUCUCUAUAUCUCUCUUCUGCUUAAUUUCUGUCAAAAAAACAAUGAUUCUGGUAAUGAUAUGUAUGGGUUGUUAGUUGUUAACAGAUGAUGUAAGGGAUUACCUUAUUUCUGAUGUUGUUUAAAAGGAUGCAUGAUGUUUUAACUUCCUGUUUGUGAGACG